AUGGCGGCGGACAGUCGUGAAGUGUUAACGCUGAAAGUGAUGCGGCUGUCACAGCCCUCCGUCGACGCCGAGCUAUGGCCACUGCUUCGGCUUGAUGACGUCAUUUCCACGCACGACUCACUGCACAAGAAGGUGGAACAUGAAAAGGCGUGCGUAGACCGUGCCCUGGAAAGUACCCACACGUUGCUGCUGCCUGUAACACAGGGACGGAUAUUCAGUGGCGAGACGUUCAGCGCAUACAUCAACAUUUCCAACUCAUCAGGCGCUCAGGCUGUCAACGUGAUCAUCCAGGCUGAGUUAUCAAUCGGGCAGAAAAGAGAUCUCCUUUUUGACAAUUCCCAAGACCCGAUCCGUUCCCUGAACCCGGGCAACUCUUUUGAUUGCGCAGUCAUGCACCAGCUCACAGAGGCCGGAACGUACACACUUGUCUGUGCGGUUUCGCAUUACCUAUCGGCUUUGGGCGAGCAGAAGUCUUUCAAAAAGUCUUUCAAGUUUGCAGCCCAUCCUCCAUUCAAAAUCAGCCACCAAGUUGUCUCCUUACAGGGGCGAGCGUUCGUUGAAUGCUCGCUAGAGAACAUUUCCCAACAGCCGGUGUACCUCAGCGAUGCAUCGGUCUUCUGUGUGGAAGACCUCGAGGGCGUUCGUCUGGAUAGUGGUCCCCAAUCCGAUAGCAUUUGCUCCAAGGGGUUGCAUUAUUUCAAGCCCCAGGAUCGCUACAACCUGAUCUUCUCCCUCACACCUACCGCGGCGAAGCUCAACGCAGAUGACACAUUAAUUCGGCGGCUUCCCACUCUCGGGCAACUGGCUCUGGAGUGGCGCACGGCCACUGGAGGCGUCGGAUGCAUGCACAGCUUUACUCUUACGAAUCCGCAGGCCCAGGGUGGAAAGCCGUUGAGUCUCCGCGUCGUAUCAUGCCCCGCUUCUGUCGAAGUGGAAAUGCCGUUCCAAGUAGAGGUCGAGGUUGCCACACAGCUCGAGCAAGUUGUUUCCCCGGUCCUUAUUCUGAGGCCUUCCGAUCUUCAGCCUUUCGUGAUUCAAGGCUCGACGACCAGGCCUCUUGGGGUCAUUAGCAUGCUGAAUCCUCGACGUUGCACGCUGGAUGCCAUGUGCUUAACCCCGGGUUUUCACUCGAUCAAGGGCAUCCUGGUGUACGAUCCCGACACUCAGCAGACGACUGAUGCGGCGGAAAUGCUUUGUCAAGUUCUUGUUUUUUAA